GAGGGUCACCUUUCACCUAGUGGUAUGAAGUGGAAGUGUCUUGAACAAUAGUCUUCAGCUCUGAGGAUGCUGCAAUUCUCUUCCACCAUUUUCCAAACAAAUUAAAAUGUUUCUGAAUCCAAUUUGGAAACCAAAAAGUUCGUAGCUUUUCAUAGAGCUUUCAAGUAAUUAGCCCCGUGAAAUAUUUUUCUUUUUACGCAAGAUGACACCACGGGCCUUCUAACUGAAACAAGCAAUAAUAAUAACAGGCCAAGGAAAAACUCAGCAGCAUUCUGUUAGAAGGAAAACACUUAUCUCUAUUAGCAUAUUUGUCUCCAUUAAUCUCUUACUUCAGUCCUCUAUCAGGAAAUUCCUACCAAACAAAAUUCAUUUGUGUUGGCCUAGAGGUGAAGUUUAUAGCAUUUGCUUUGAAGUUUGGAAAUUGUUGCUUGUUCAAUCACAACAAUGGCUUUAGCUCCUACUUCAAAAGUUGUCCUUGGUUCAAUAGCCUUUGCUAUCUUCUGGGUACUAGCAGUUUUCCCAGCUGUGCCUUUUCUACCCAUUGGGAGAACUGCAGGGUCCCUGCUUGGUGCCAUGCUUAUGGUCAUAUUCAAAGUUCUUAGUCCAGAUCAAGCUUAUGCUGCAAUUGAUCUCCCAAUUCUUGGUCUUCUUUUUGGGACUAUGGCUGUCACUAUUUUUCUUGAAAGAGCAAACAUGUUCAAGUACUUGGGGAAAUUGCUCUCUUGGAAAAGUAGAGGACCAAAGGACUUACUUUGUAGAAUCUGUCUCAUUUCUGCUAUCUCAAGUGCUUUUUUCACCAAUGACACUUCUUGCAUUGUGUUGACUGAAUUUGUGUUGAAAAUUGCAAGGCAACAUAACCUCCCACCUUACCCUUUCCUUCUUGCACUUGCUACAAGUGCUAAUAUUGGAUCCUCAGCAACCCCAAUUGGGAACCCCCAGAAUUUGGUUAUAGCUAUUCAAGGUAAAAUAUCAUUUGGGAGGUUUCUGAUAGGUAUUCUUCCAGCUAUGCUUGUAGGAGUUGUGGUGAAUGUUGUAUUUCUUAUAGCCAUGUAUUGGAAGGUACUAUCUUGUCCUAAGGAUGAAGAGGAUCCAGUUUCAGAAGUUGUAGUGGAUGAGGAGGUUGUUUCUCAUCAGUUUUCUCCAGCCAGAAUGUCUCAUUUUACAUCCUUUAAUUCUCAAGAAUGCAAUGGCAGUGUAGAACUUGCUAAUAGUAUUCAAAACUCUUCCCAAGUUCAUGUUAUGAGAGACCAAUCAACUCCAAGUGAAAGUGAAGUUCAGAUGGUUCAUAGUGGCACAAAGGAUUUCACAACAAACUCAAAUGCAUCCAAGGAAGGGACAAAUGAUACAAAGGAGGAAACUAAUCCUUCAAAAAAUGUUGCAAUAGUAGUGGAUAAACCUAUUGAAGCACUUGUUAUACUCUCUUCAGGAGAAAAGGACUAUAUGAACAAAAAAUGGAAGAGGGUACUGUGGAAAUCUUGUGUUUAUGCAAUCACACUAGUAAUGUUGAUUGCAAUGCUCAUUGGUUUGAAUAUGGCAUGGACUGCAAUUGCAGCUGCAAUAACUUUGGUGGUUCUUGAUUUCAAAGAUGCAGGGCCAAGCUUAGACAAGGUCUCAUAUUCACUUUUGGUAUUCUUCUGUGGAAUGUUUAUCACAGUAGAGGGCUUUAAGUCCACUGGAAUUCCUAGUGCUAUGUGGGACUUAAUGGAGCCCUAUUCUCGAAUAGAUCAUGCUAGUGAAACAGCUAUACUUGCUAUAGUUAUACUUGUCCUAUCAAAUUUGGCUUCAAACGUACCAACAGUUCUAUUGCUUGGAGCAAGAGUUGCAGCCUCAGCUGCUGCAAUUUCCAAAGGAGAUGAGGAGAGGGCAUGGCUAAUCUUAGCUUGGGUUAGCACUAUAGCAGGGAACUUUUCACUAUUAGGAUCAGCUGCCAACUUGAUAGUGUGUGAACAAGCUCGUCGAGCUCCAAACCUUGGAUACACAUUAACCUUUUGGACUCAUCUAAAAGUUGGCCUUCCUUCAACUCUUAUAGUCACUGCUAUUGGGUUGACACUCAUAAAAUGA